ACAUACAAAUUAAAAGUGACAGUUGAAAUGAAUCUCGUGAACUCGUAAGUGGUUUUUUGAACUUGAACAAAAUGUUUAUUAAAUUAGUUUAUUUAAAAAAUCUGUGAUUCAAAGAAGAAUAAAACGAUGAAGUGUGUUUAUGUGUUAAUGUUAUUCGUGAUAGUGGAGUCCAAGUUUACUAACAAUGUCUCAGAACCAGAAGACAUUCAAAGCUACCCCUGCACAGACGCCAACCACAUCUUCCUGUCUCCGGGCGUGCUGUCAGCCGGCGGGUAUUCCCGGGCGUGUCUGUCUCGCUUCCACACGGCCGGCGCCGCCACGCUGACCCUGACGCUGGCUGCGGGCGGGCAGCAGACCACUGCUGUGAGGGAGCUGGUGGCUGGUGAUGGAGGGUGUAUCGACAUUGCGGUGCCGCAGUUACCGAACACUAAAGCUGAAUUGAUUGUUAACGUGAACUACCCCUCCACCCCGUGCACCUGGCAGCAGCGCUCCUCGGUCCGCAUAUCCAGCGCCUCCGUGCUGCUGGUGAGCUGUGAGCGCGCGCGCUGCCGCCGCGGGGGGGCGCUGCGCGUGCGGGCGAGCGCGCUGCACGCCGACCUCACGCCCAGGAAUGCUCCCAUAGACGAGAUCUACCUGCAGUCCCCAGCAGACGCGACGGGCGAGCGCACCGUCGCCGCUAGAUGGCGUGGAGUGCGCACGCGCCUCGGCCUUGCGCAGAUACAGCACCGGUUGGACGAACAAGCAGCAUCGGGCACGUGGACUGUGACCGCCAGGCUCAAUGACGGCACCACGGCAUCAGCGAACUUCCUGGUGGGAGACUACGAGGUGCCCCCGUUCCACCUGAGCGUGCGCCACGCGCCGCGCGUGCUGCGGACCAGCGAGAGGCUCGUGUGGAAUGUCUGUGUCAGAUACCCGUGGAGCGAGGCAGUACAAGGCAUGCUAGUGAUCCGUCUGCGCGGCGCAGCUCGUUCUGGUGGCGUGCGCACGGCGCUGCGACUGCGGGCGCCCAAGGCCUGUCACCGACAUGCCGUGGCGGCCCGCAGGGUUGGGCUCCAGGGGGUGGAUCCUCCUGAUGUGGUGGUUGCUGACUUUGCUUUCCAGGAAGAUGGCACCAGAAUCUGGCAAAAUACAACAGUCAUCUCGCAAGUGAUAGAGGAAAGGGUUGCGUUGAAGUUCCUCACCAAGUAUCGGACGGUCGUAUCGCCAGGUCUACCUUAUAAACUUAAGAUCAAAGCAACACAAUGGGAUGGAAAGCCGUCAGCCAAUGAACGCCUCCGAAUCUGCCGAACCCCCUCCAGCCAACCUUCAGUGGUGACAGAAGAAUCCUCGUUCAAACUACACAAGGUUCUUCCCAAAAACUCCACGGUCGGGGAGUGUGAUGAGACGGUUACUGAUGGGAGAGGAGUGGCCCGGAUCAUGUUCACUGUUGGGGAAAAUGAGGUGUUCCCGUUUUAUCGAUUUGAGGCUACGAUCGCCAACGACUCUCAGAUCUACGCGCCUCCUCUGUACCUCCCAGUGAAGAGGGCCGGUCUCUCCCACGCAGCCUUCGGUCCAUUGUCUGGUGACUCCCUCACGCCAGGAGCCAGGGUCUUCGUGCCUCUGUACCUGAACCUGAAGAAUGUCUCCAAGGCUAUCACUGUGCAUUUUGUUGUAGUGACACGCGGUGGGACCAUCCACCGGUGGGGCGCCACAAGCCAAUGCCCCAUCGCGAACUCAGGUCGAGCCAGAUCAGCCUCCCGAGACACCGACUGCAAUUACUUCAGAACCUACGACUCCUAUGGCUCUAAACCUCAACAAACCGAUUACUUUCAAAGAGAAAAUAGCCUUUAUGUACCAGAUCCAAACGCCUUUCGUCGUCCCUCUAGAAGUGACCCGGAAAAUCUUUUAGAUCGACAUCUGCUAAGGGUUAUGUUGCCGAUACGUCUGACGCAUCAGAUGUGUCCCGACAGUCAUUUGUUAGCGUACUUCUACUAUAAUGAUGAGCUGGUCAGUGCUAGCAAGCACAUUGAGAUCGAUGAAUGCUUCGCUAAUAAGGCGCAAUUAACGUGGAAAUCUCGUCAAGCAAGUCCAGGCUCGUUCACCACUCUGCAAGUGUCCACCCAGGGUCCUUCUCUCUGUGCCCUCACAGCUUUGGAUACGGCAUCAAAAUGGGUCCAGCCGGACAUCCAGGGGGUCCGGGAGGUGCUGAUGACAGAGGUCAACAAACUCAUGGAUGCGAACCGAAACAUGACUGUGUAUGAUGCUACAGGCGAUUGUUUUAUGACGGAUGACAACCCCGGUCUACCCACCAACAGCCGAGACAUCACGAUAGCGUCUCUAGCCUCGGCCGGGCUGCGCUGGGUCGGCGCUGAGACUCCCAUGCAAAGGUCCUGUGAUGCUCCCUCACCGCUCACUACAGGGCAGUAUGGUGACUUGAAGCCUAGAAGCGACUUUCAAGAGGCAUGGCUCUGGAAGCUGGUGGGCGUCAGCGGCAACGGCUCGGCACUGGUGUCGGCGCGGCUGCCCGACUCCAUCACGCGGCACGAGGCGACGGCGUACUGCCUGUCGCGCGGCGGCGUCGCCGUCUCGCCCCCGGCUGUGUUGCAAGUUUUUCGUGAGUUUUUCAUCCAUGCAGAUGGUCCAAAGAGAUUGCGAAAAGGAGACACUACUUUCAUCAAAUACAGAAUCUUCAACUAUUUACAUGAACCAUUAUCGGUCCAAAUCCACGUGCUUCCCGACCCGCACAUGUCCCUUCUCUCUCUGCCAGUGGUCUCGGCGUGCCUCGCCCCCCGCGCGUCCGUCGCCCCCCGCGCGGAGCUGCAGGCGCGGGUGGCGGGGCAGGGCCGGGUCAGUGUCCGCGCGGUUGAGGUGAGGGGAGGGUGCGGGGGCAAUGAGAGUAGCAGUGAUAGGGAGUUGGUUAGCGAUGAGGUGAUCAUAAAAGUGAACAUCGAACACGAAGGAGUGCCCAAACAAGAGCAUCGUUCUUCCCUGCUUUGUGCCAGAGGUAGCAGUGACUCUCCAUCCAAGGUCACCUGGUCGUGGCCCGGGGCUGACGUGGUGCCGGGGUCUGAGUCCAUGGUGGUGUGGGCUGUGGGAGAUGCCACUAAAACUCUACUUUCCGAUGCCGAUUCUCUGGUGACACUCCCUCGAGGUUGCGGUGAACAGAACAUGGCUCGUCUGGCCACCAACCUGCUGGCACUGUCCAGACUCGAACCCCACACCACUGCCGCAGCUUUAGCUAGAGAUCAUGUCAGUAGAGGUUUAGCCCGCCAGCUCCAGUAUUCACACCCGUCAGGAGGUUUCAGUGCUUUUGGUGUCUCAGAUGGAACACCCUCGACUUGGCUGACGGCCUUCUGUAUUCGGUAUCUGAGACGAGCUUAUCAGGUGAUAUCGCCAAGAUCACGUGUACCGCAAGACGUGGAGAGGUCUGAGCGGUGGCUGCUAAACCAGCAGAUGGAAAAUGGAUGUUUCCGGAACCAAGGUCAAGUCUUCCAUAGGGAGCUGAAGGGUGGUGUCGGGGAAGAGGGUGAGAUAGCGAGCGUGGCCCUGACGGCCUACGUCAUCACGUCACUGGUGGAGGGAGGGGUCACGAUCCCCUCCAAGGUGCUGGCCAACUCACUGGCCUGCCUGAGAGCUCUGCCGGCUACGAAGAAUAAUGUGUCUUCCAGAAUCUACGCGCAAGCCCUUCUAGCCUACACCUUCGUUACCCUCAAGAAGUACGAAGAAGACCUGCGCAAGACCAACGACGCCUCGUUACUCCAGGAUCGUCAGGAGACAGUCGCUGGCCUGCUGAAGGACGAGGAGUCGGCCGUCAUGAUGCAGCUGCUGAGGAGUGCCACGAGACGAGAUGACUUCGUGUGGUGGGAGACUGGCUCCCUCUCCACAUCAAUAGAAGCGACGAGCUACUUCAUCCUGGCGACUAGUCGCUGGGCGGGCGGCCGCGCGGCGCAGUGGGAGGCUCGCGCCGCCGCGCGCUGGCUGCACUCGCAUGUCGGCAGUCGCGGCGGCAUGACUAAUACUCAGGACACACUGAUAGCCCUGGAAGCGCUCACCGCCAUAUCCUCGUUCCUGCCGAUCCCGGCCGCCAACCUCACGCUGACCGUGAUCUGCGGGGCCACCGUGCUAUCCGAGACCUUGACCGAGGCCGCUGGCGUGCCGGUGACCUUGAAGAUGAAGGUGUGCGACGAGGUCAAGGUCGGAGUUGAAGGAUCUGGCUGCGCCCUAGUCCAGGCGACGCGGUCGUACAACAGCCUGUCUGCAGCUCCGACCAGCGGCCGCCUGGCGGUGCAGCUGUCGGUACGCACCGAUGGACCCUUCGACUGUGAUAAUAACAGCACCUUCUGCUUCUGUGCUGCUGUUGUUGAGGCAUGUGUGCUAUGGACGGGCCCAUUCCCCGAGAUGGCGCUGCUGGAGGUGGCGCUGCCGGGCGGGUUCGGCGCUGAUGCAGCGAGGGUCUACGCGCUCAUGCAGGACCGGCAUACGCUGCUCCGUCGCAUAGAGAUGCCUCCCAACGGGGGUCGGGUGACGUUCUACCUGGCCUCCACGGACGGAAGUGCCGCCAUCACCGGAAGCGGCGGCCAUCAGUGCUACAGUCUCCACGCGGUCGGCCCGCGCGCCCGGACCAAGCCGGCUUACGCCCGGGUCAUGGACUAUUAUAAUGCUGAUGUCAAUGAUACUCAGAUCUACACUAUCCCUGAAGAGUGCCCGCCGAGGUAUCCUCUGGAAAAGAAACCAGACACCGGCUCAGAUAACAUAUUCAACAACGCAAGAUCUCUUAACGGAGACCCCAUCAUCGACGAAGACUUCUUCGAGGAACCGAUAGACGCUCCAUUGGAAGACCCUCUCUAUGAUAACCUGGCUACUGAUAGUCACAUGGGAGAUAAAUAUAGAAGUAUAGUGCUCGAGAAAUAUUCUCAACAGGAGAAAGCUGGUACAGAGGCAGAUUUCCCCAGCAAUAAAUACACAGACUCAAGAUACAAUUCCAAUGAGAAGAUUGUAGAAAAUGAAAUUUUAAACCGAAGUGAUGCGCAUGAGUUUGGAACAUUCAAAAAUGGAACUGAUCCAAACGUUGCAUCAGAACUAAAAAGUCAAGACGUGAAAGAGGUCACAGUUGAAACGGUUUUGGAGAAUCCAAACUUGUUACAUUUUCACGUGGUAGACUCAGAGAAGGAUCUAGAAGUGCCGGAUGGAGACAACGGACCAGCUCCUUCGUUUGCUCUUCCUCCAGAGGGUUUCGUGGUUCCUCCGCCUACUAUGUCAAGACCAUCGUACCCACCGCCAGAAGACUACUCAAUCCCGAAGAUGUUCCGCCCCCGGCCCCAUUUCUACUACGAGUACCCACUCACCAGGUCCAGACAACCUCCUGCUGGUUAGGACUAAGGCAUCUUACUUAAAACUUAAGGAUAGUUAUUUAUUAUUGUAGAUUUUAAAGUAGAUUGGAUAAGGCUGUGAAAAUAAAGUGCUUUUUAUACCUA